AUGCAGGACAAUCCUGAGUACUAUCUCAAAUACCGCAAGAAUGUCGAGACAGAAAUGGUUGCUCUUGGCGAGUUUUUUCAUCGGAACACACCAGACUCAGAUGCUGCUCGCAAGUAUGCAGAGGGACUCAUGAAGGCUAGAUUGGGUGGCAAUGAUCAAUUGGCUUCGAAGCUCCUGCCUACCACUUUUCCGGUCGGUUGCAAACGCCUACACAACGGCUACCUCGAAGCACUGGUACAGCCGAACGUGACCGUCUUCACUGAUGGUGGCCUUGAGAGAGUGACGCCCACAGGAUUCGUGGAUCCGCAAGGGGAACACCACGAUGUGGACAUCAUUAUCUGCGCGACUGGCUUCAACACUUCUUGGGUUCCUCGAUUUCCCAUCAUUGCCCACGGCGUCAAUCUCCAAGACAUCUACACUGACAAGGCAGUCGGGUAUGUUGGAGUUGCGGCGCCAUCUAUGCCCAACUAUUUGACAAUCUAUGGUCCAUACGGCCCAAUCGGACAGGGCAGCGCUAUGCCUGUAAUCGAAGCGUUUGUCAACUACAUCCUACAACUCAUCCAGCACGUCCAGGAAGAAGAUGUCAAGAGUGUGACUCCCAGGCAGCAGGUCAUCGAUCAGUAUGCUGAGCACGCGGACCUCUUCAACAGCCGUACUGUAUACAACGGCGAUUGUCGGAGCUGGUUCAAGGGCAACAAAAAGGAAGGCCGGAUUGUGUUGCAUCCUGGAACUCGGAACCAGUACUUGCUUCUGAUGUCGAAGCCGCGGCUACAGGGGUAUGACUUCACAUACCGAUCCGGCAACAUGUGGAACUGGCUGGGUAAUGGUCAAACAACGCGAGACUAUGACGGCCGCGACUUGACUUGGUACAUUGGAAAGAUUGAGGGCCAGGACGUCCAACAGCUAUAUGACACUCCCAAAUUUCUGUACAAGCCGGAGACGAAUAACACAGCAGAGAAUUAG